AUGGCAUUCAAGGCAGGUCGAGAAGUAGAUACAAUUGAGAAUAGUGUAGACUGUCGAGAUGUAUUUGAGCUUGUCUCGCUUGAUCGGACGGCUCAAUCGAUGUCUCUGACCAUUCCAGCCAGCUCUCGAGUAUCAUUUCCAAUGGAGACUGAGCACUCACCAUUAAGACCUGCUUCAGUGACUGCCUGGUCUGUUACUAACCGUGGUUUCAUAUCUCAUGCAUUUGAGCGCCAGUUAAGCCUAGGGGCUGCACCUGCUGCUGAAGGUACAUGUCAUGAUGCUAUUCAUACCCUUCUCGAGCCUACACCUGCUACCAAUGCUUUGAAUGUGACAAGUGUUGCAAUGGCAUCUUAUUUGGAUCCACUCCAGCCUAUCGAAUCUAGCAUUCCAUCUGUUUUGCAACAUCCCAAACUAGAUGCUGCAAGAACUGCCCCAUCGUCACCACUAUUAAACAGAAGUUGCAGUCAACUACAGAUCCAGAAAUCCUAUCCACACUAUGACUCGAGAGUAGAUCCGCUUCAAUACACUCUGAAUAAAAUGGGUCUAGCCACUGCUCGUCACAUUGACUAUGCAUCCAACUCGAUUCAAGAAACACUUUUGCUGGCCAAGGUUUUGGGAUGCACUACAGUAUUGCUGGGUGUGCUUGCCAUGAUGUAUCUGCUUGUAUCUGGCAAUGCGGCUCUUACCCAUAAUUUUAUAAACUAUUCUGGACUGUGGCUCAGUGUCAUUGUUUUAAUUCUAACGUUCGUUGCUAUGGUGAUGCUCCAUUGGCGGAAUCUGGGUCUCAUUAUACGUCAAUAUAGACAGGCUCAGCCUACAACCAUGAUUUCCGAUUCCACUGUAGCAGUGAUGCCUAUGAACGCGGAGAGUGAGUCUAGUAGUACCAUGUUGAAUGCAUUUCCAUUUUUACGUCGACGUACUUCCACUGUAUCUGGUGCUUUACCUGAUCCCCGACUUUUAGUAGCAGGCCAUGUUGACUAUGGUAUGCUAAGAGAUCAGCUUCAACAACGCAUGAAUCGCACAGAGCAAGUGUUAAUCCGACUUCCUGGGUGCGAUGAGAUGCUUGAUCGACUUUCCAGUCAAUGCAGAUCAAGCCGUGUUUCCAAGAAUGAUGUACAUUCUGAAUCUACUAUGGCUGUCUCGGAUCUAUCGUUACUGGUUGUAGGUGAACGGACGCUUUAA